GAGCGCAGCAUCAAGAUGCUCAGUUACAGUCCAUCCUUGAACCAAGAAACAUGCAUUUUUAUCACAGGGGUCUGCUGCUUCUACCAGUGUGACAUUGUCAAAAAAUCAACGAAUAUAGGACUCUGUAAAUUAAUUUAGAACGUGUGCCAAAUGUUUUGAUAGUGGUGUUUUGAAACAAUGAUUCCUGAAGUACUUAAGGAUAUUUUAUAAUAAUUUUAUAAGAGACCGUAACGAAAAUUUGACUGACUUUUUACUUUUAUGUUCAGUUUUCUAUAAAUAACUGUAACAUUUUUUGUCUUGUUGGAAAUUUGGAUGUUUGAUACUGCAUGAGACUAUUUUGUAAUAGUAUCAGUGUUGGUGAUUUGAAAAUGAAGUGGAAAUGUAGUAACAUCCGUAGCCAUGUCUGGACCAUAGCAAUGAUCCUGCAAAUACUAUUAACAACAUGUGUACUGCUGGUUGAAUCAGAAGGGGAAGAUGCCAUUGCACAGGAAAUAUCACACAUACCACAGUACUCUUUUCCACAUCACCACACGGCGCCUCAUUUUCGUCGUCAACUAUCUCAACACGAACAAAAGGAAAUUUUAACAGACAUCCAACAGAACCACAGAUUUCAACAGCCACUAGUGGAUUCACGGUCCUUAUCGAACUCCCAUGUUCAUCCAUUCUCAAUUCUCCAGAAUAGUCAGUACUCUCAGCAACAAAAUCUACAUGCAAUUCCGCAGCAACCAAUCUCAAAUCCAACCCAGCAUUCAACUUAUUCUCUGCAAUCUUCUCCAUUGUUCUCUCAGCCACAGUCCGCCAUUGCAGCUCAGCAUUCUCCCAUUUUGUUGUCUCUACAACAGUCUCCACUUUCGUCCCCACAGUUUUCAUCAUUAUUCUCCCAGCAGCCACAGACUCCACCUGAACUUCAACACUCAUCUGUGCCAACUCAGUCAUCGCCAGUUCUGUUAUCCUUAUUAAACUCCCCUCUUUCACUGCAUAAAUCAAAAGAACUGUUCUUACCACAAUCACAGACGCAAGGCGACAUUGAAGAAUCACAGCAGUCACCAGAAAUUUUCUCUCAGAAACCGAAAUCUCUGCUUUCGACGCAACAGUCACUACUUGCAACUCACGAGUCUAAAGAAAAUCAACCGAAACUCCAACUGACAACCCAAGAACCGAAAACAGAAGAACACGGUACAGAUAUAAAAGUACUGGAAGGAAUUUCAAACACUGAAUUCACAAUUCAACGUUCCAUCUCUGAUCCUGUAGAACUACAGAAAGUGCAACUUUUAGAAUUGCAGCGAGAACAGGAGCGGAAAGAACGACAGAAAAAACUGCAAGAAGAACAGCUGAGACUUAUCCAGGAGCAAAAUGAGAGACGUCUUAAAGAAAGGGAAGAAGAAGAAAAGAGGGAUGAAGAGAGACGGCUUAAACUGCAAGAACAGCUAAGAAAAGUACAAGAAGAGAAAGUGAAACGUAGAAAAGAACAAGAAGAGGAACAACUGAGACUUAUCCAAGAAAGAAGAGAAAGACUACUCAAACAGCAAGAAGAAGAAGAACUCAGAUUAAUUCAAGACAAAGAAAGACAAAAGAAGGAGGAAGAGGAGGAAAAACUGAGACAAAUUGAAGAACGGAAAGGAAGUGAAGAGAAACAGCAGGUACAGCCACUGGCUUCAGCACUUCACGCACAAGCAACACCAGCGACUAAGGAAGUGCCCCAAGAAAUUAUACUACAGCCAAGCCAGAACGAACAGCGGCCUCGGCAAAGGGCCAGAGUUGUCGAGGAAUCGGAUCAAAGCAUUGCUCCAGAGGAAUUAUUUUUACAAAAUGAAAGACAGAAACUCUACUAUGAACUGAAGAAAGCCCAAGAACAGCAGGAAAAGAAACAACACGCGUCUGACGACAACCAACAAACUCAAGAAUCCCAGCAGGUAACAAGAAACAACGAGAGACCUAUAAACCACAUCGUACGGACAACACCUGACCAGGGCAGUGCUCAAGACUCUAAGCUGAGUCAACUAGAAAAGCAACUGCAUCAGAAGCAACUCCAAGAGCAACUCCAGAAGCAAUUUCAGCUUCAGUUGCUUCAAAGACAGGACCUCUUGCGUCAACUGAAAUUGGCAGUUUCUAACACAGCGACUCCUACCAACGAAGAUCAGAUUGUACCAGGCCCCAUUGCGAUUUCGGGAGGGAACACUUCGUCCCCACUGUUUCUUGCCAACGGUCAGAAGAUACGAGUAGUGCAGAGUCCCAGGCAAGGCCGUCCGCUCACAGAUAACAAUUCUCGUAAUGGACAUUCUUCAACGCAUCCUGUAUCAACUACAACCCAGAGACCUCCCAGGGCUUUAUUCGAGGAGCUUACGAAAGGGGUGUUACCACCUGGCGCUGACUUCGAAGUAAUCAGACACAAGCAGGAUGGCGCGCUCGAAGAUGUUGGAACUCAAUUGCCACAAAACUUACCGCAGAAGAAAGUGACAUUUGUGUUCCUUGAAGAACAAGCAGAUGGUUCGUUUAAAGUGAAAGGUGUUCGAGGUAACAACAAUGGAGACCCUGAAGGAGAACAAACGCCUGCUGGCGAUGUGGAGUCAAUCAUAAAGAGAAUUCAGGAAGGUGACCUGAAGCUACCAGCACCAUCCAGCAUUCCCGUUUUGCAGCAAAGCACAGUCCCUCAACUACCAACAAGUCUGCCAUCAGCAACGGUUUCUCAGCCUUACACACCUCAUUCUAUCUCGAAUUCAUUUCCAGCUACUUCAGAACCAAACAAGAUUAUUAAAACGGUCUCGUCCGGUCCUAAUUUCCAACCACGUCCAACUACAGCCAAACCUAACAGCAUCAUUAAAACUGUUUCAUCAAAUUUAAAUUUUCAACGUCAUCCAGGGAUGGAAUUUCUUCAAUCAGUGACUUUGCCACCUCUUUAUAACGUUGAUUCCACAACAAAAAAGGAUUCAACAGUGAAGAGUCAAAUAAACAAGCAACCCACACAAACCAGUUUUUCGGCUACACAUUUGAACAGUCCUUAUUCUGUAGAAGCUCAUCCGACGGGACAGGAUGCGGCAGAUUCUGUAUUUCCGCAACAAACUCUUAGUUCCACAAAUUCUUUUAUAAAGAAAGACCAGCAACCAAUCGUUCCUUCACAAAAUGUCGAACGAAUUAUUCCUCAAUAUCAACAGAAAACUAAUUCAGUAACCCCAUAUCCCACAGUCCCACAAUUUUCACCAACAAAUAAAUAUUCCCCUUCACCUGUUCCACAAUUUUCAACAUCGACCCCUAAGAAGGAAUACCAAUCGUUGGAACCGUUUCUUCCGACGAACCCUUCGUUUGUAAAUCCACCCCAGUUUUAUUCUCCAUUCUUUUCACUAGGAAAUUUCCCGAAACAAACAGAUCAGAAACAGGAAACAGCUGGAAUCAUUUACUCUAAUCCAACAACGCAGGUGCCACUUCUGACAACGAACACGCCAACACGUCAGAGUGUUUCUAAACACAAAGAAAUCACAUCUUCUGAUUAUACGGACACGCAACGAGACUUCCAACAGAAUGUUGAAGCACCGUCCCUGAAGACACCGACAAGGGUAGCGGCGCCAUCAGCUCAAAAUAUUCUGAAGGAACCGGGAAGACUUGUGCCGCUGGACGAAGAUGGGUCGACUGACUACAAGACAAAGGUGGAAGCACCGUUGUCACUGUCUGACUUUCUCAAGAAAGAAGGGCUCUUUGCUAUGGCUAGAUUUCUUCGCGAGUCAGGAUUAAACAACAUGCUUAACGACACUGGGCCGUACACCGUGUUUGCUCCGACAGACAAGGCCUUCCGCACUCUUCUGGUACAACUCGGUGGCCCCGAAAAAGCGGAAGAGAAAUUCAGAGAGAACCCUCGUCUACUCAGUGGGUUGCUGCUGCAUCAUGUAAUCCCUGGGGCCUUCGAGUUGUCAUCACUGCAGGAUGAGAUGACUGGAGUCAGCCUCGCUGGUACGCAGUUGCGGGUUAACACCUACGCCUCUCAGGAUGUCGAGUGGAAUGAUGUUCAGGUGGUGACGGUCAACGGAGCCCGCAUCUCGCGGGACAAACACGACAUCCCGAUCCCCCAGGGCGUCGCACAUGCUGUGGACAGAGUCAUGUUCCCACUUCCAGUCGGCAACAUCAUCCAGACACUCCGGUCGGACAGAGAGCGUCGGUUCACUAAGUUCCUGCGUGCCUUCCAGUCGUCUGGACUUGCGGACACCUUCACAGGGAACAAGGUGUUGACCGUGUUCGCGCCAACGGACCGCGCCUUCUCUGUGGUCGACUCUGACGACCUGGACCAGCUGUUGACAGUGAAGGACAUGUCCCGAGCGCUAGUACUACGGCACACAAUACCAGGAACGCUCUACACCGCUGGAAUGAGGUUCUACCAACUACGAGACUCCAUGGAGAAGGGAUCCACCAUCGCGCUUUACAAAACCAACGGUCACGUAAAGGCGAACUCGGCGAGCGUUGUGACUCAGAAUAUUCCUGCGACAAAUGGAGUGAUUCAUGCCAUAGACGGACUUCUGUAAUGAAAACAUUUAGUUCUACAACUCACAAAGUUAUGUGCUCCACCCAUACUACUUACUUUUCGAUACAAAUUUUAUUAAAAUCUAAGAAGUGGUAACUUACAUUGGAAAGAAUCAGCUAUGGACUUCCACAGUAUCUGUGGAAUGUGCAGAUGGACAGUUCCUUGAUGGUCAUAGAAUGUGCAUGGCAUUCUAAGGUGUGUAUAUUUAUCUAAUAAACAUAGAAUUUUAUAAUA